CUUUUUCUUUCUUCAUUUUUAGUAACUAUUAUCUAGUUUCCAGUUUGGACAAUUGAAUCUUGUUUCUCUCUUUCUCGGCAAUUCAAUUAGCAACGAUUAACCAUGCGAAGAUUGGUUAAUUAGUGGGAACAAGCAAUGGCGUACAAGGUAGAUCACGAGUACGAUUACUUGUUCAAGAUCGUCUUGAUCGGUGACUCGGGUGUCGGGAAAUCCAACAUCUUGUCGAGAUUCACGCGCAACGAGUUCUGUUUGGAAUCCAAAUCCACCAUCGGUGUCGAAUUCGCUACAAGGACUCUCCAGGUGGAAGGCAAGACGGUGAAGGCCCAAAUAUGGGACACGGCCGGGCAAGAGAGGUAUCGGGCAAUCACGAGCGCUUACUACCGAGGUGCCGUUGGGGCGCUCGUCGUUUACGACAUCACUAAGCGCCAGACGUUCGAAAACGUGCAGCGUUGGCUUAGGGAGCUUCGGGACCACGCCGACUCCAACAUCGUCAUCAUGCUCGCCGGCAACAAGUCGGACCUCAACCACUUGCGAGUCGUGGCCGAGCGUGACGCCAACCUAUUCGCCGAGAAGGAAGGCCUCUCCUUUCUCGAGACAUCCGCCCUCGAGGCCCUAAAUGUCGAGAAGGCGUUUCAAACAAUCUUGCUCGACAUUUAUCAGAUCAUUAGCCGCAAAGCCUUGGCCGCGCAAGAGGCCGUGGCCCCACUCCCGGGACAGGGCACGACCAUUAAGGUCGGGGACUCGGCCAGCUCGAACAACAAGGCGACUUGUUGUUCGACUUGACCUUUUGAUUGUUGUUGUUGUGUUGGUUUUUGUUGUUUUUUGUGAUGGGGGGAAGAAGAGAAGGUUGGUUGUGUUGUGUAAAAUUUGUUGUUGUGGUGUUUUUUCUUUCUUAUAGGUGAGUUAUAUAUGUGUAUAGGUGAAUAAAUUUCUCAAGUCUUGCCAUUUUUGUUACCCUUGGUGUUCUGUUUUCAAGUCAAAUUAAUGU